AUGGAUUUUUCUCCACGACUAUCUACCCCUGAAGUUGUCUCAUCUCAAGAAUUGUCUGCCACUGAAUGUUGUGGCCUCCAGAAGUCAGUUGAGCUGGUGGUAGACUCGGACAGUGAAGAGGUUGGGGAAGAACAUGGGAUUUGGUCACCCGCGCGCGCACACGCGCCUCCAACUCGGCCAGCCGCGAUGUCUUUCCCCCAGUUUGGUUAUUCCUACAGCGCUUCUUCGCAGAUUUUCGUCUCGGCCACGUCCAACGCCACUUGCUGUACCUCGGGUUCCCGAACCGCCUCCGACGUUUCCUCGGGCUCUUCCCAGACGGCGGCGACCCUCGGUUGCUCUUCUUACGAGAAUCGGCUGCUGGCCGGAUCCAGAACGGAGCUCAACGCGGCGCUGGGGAUCUACGGCUCGCCCUACGCAGCCGCUGGGGCCAACGCGGGCUACGCCAACUACCUGCCUUACAACGCCGACCCCUCCGGCUUCUACACCGCGCUGAAUUCUCAGUAUGACUUGAAGGACAGCUCACCAGCUUUACAUGCAGGCAUUGCUCAACCAACAGCAGCAGCCUACUAUUCUUAUGACCAUUCCUUUGGGCAGUAUGACAGGUAUGGAACAGUGGACUUUAGCAACUCAUCCAGACGCAAGAAUGCCACCCGAGAAACGACCAGCACCCUCAAGGCAUGGUUAUAUGAACAUCGAAAAAAUCCUUACCCAACUAAGGGUGAGAAGAUCAUGCUGGCCAUCAUCACUAAAAUGACCCUCACCCAGGUCUCCACCUGGUUCGCCAAUGCCCGGCGGCGACUCAAGAAGGAGAAUAAGAUGACCUGGUCUCCUAAAACUAAAACAGGAGAUGAGCAGAGGGAGGGAAGUAAAAGGAACGGGGAAGACUGUGGCAGUGAUAAUGAAGACCAUGACCCCAAAAUCUGCAAAGAAGAGAAGGAGCUGCAGCUGAGUGAUCUGGAAGACUUGGAUGAGGAGGAACUAGACAUGAAGGUUGGAGAUGAGCUGAAGCACCUGCAUCAGGAUGGUCCCCUAAUUGGCAGGGCAUUGACUGAGUCUGAGAAGAACAGCUGUUAUUGA